CGCUUUCUUGAAGUUUGCCUGCACUCCGGGUGGAAUUGGACAACUAGCUGUCAGUGUGUAUAGUAUUGCGACAUUGAAGUAGGCCAACGGUACUGUAGUUCCGAUUGUUAGAAAUACAGUUUGGUUAAAAGUUCUCGAUUGUCCUGUACAAUAAGACAUUUCGUUCUGGUGGUUUAAGGCUGGUGUCUGGCUACGAUUUGACGGGAUCAUUUUUCUGACACACUUUCUCGUGGACAGCGGGGGUUGUGGAGGCAGCCGGCAGCAUGGCCCAGUGGAACCAGUUGCAGCAGCUGGAGACCAGGUACCUGGAGCAGCUGUACCACCUGUACAGCGACAGCUUCCCCAUGGAGCUCCGGCAGUUCCUCGCCCCCUGGAUCGAAAGCCAGGAUUGGGCGUACGCAGCGAACAAGGAGUCCCACGCCACGCUGGUGUUCCACAACCUGCUGGGGGAGAUUGACCAGCAGUACAGCCGCUUCCUGCAGGAGAACAAYGUGCUYUACCAGCACAACCUGCGRCGCAUUAAGCAGCACCUGCAGUCCAAGUACCUGGAGAAACCUAUGGAGAUCGCCCGCAUUGUGGCCCGCUGCCUCUGGGAAGAGCAGAGGCUGCUGCAGACCGCCACCACCGCCGCACAGGACGGAACGACGUCUCACCCGUCUGGCACUGUGGUGACGGAGAAACAACAGAUCCUGGAGCACAACCUGCAGGACAUCAGGAAGAGGGUGCAGGAUAUGGAACAAAAGAUGAAGAUGCUUGAGAAUCUCCAGGAUGAUUUUGACUUCAACUACAAGACCCUUAAAAGUCAGGGUGAGUUGUCCCAGGACAUGAAUGGGAACAGCCAGGCAGCAGCCACCAGGCAGAAGAUGUCUCAGCUGGAACAGAUGCUGAGUGCUCUGGACCAGCUCAGGAGGCAAAUUGUGACUGAAAUGGCAGGGCUGCUGUCAGCCAUGGACUUUGUCCAGAAGAACCUGACCGAUGACGAGCUGGCUGACUGGAAGAGGAGGCAGCAGAUUGCCUGCAUCGGAGGACCACCCAACAUUUGCCUGGACCGCUUGGAGACAUGGAUUACUUCCCUGGCUGAGUCUCAGCUGCAGAUCCGCCAGCAGAUCAAGAAGCUGGAGGAGCUCCAGCAGAAGGUGUCCUAUAAGGGAGACCCCAUCAUCCAGCACCGGCCCGCUCUGGAGGAGAAGAUAGUGGACUUGUUCAGRACCCUCAUGAAGAGUGCGUUCGUGGUGGAAAGGCAGCCUUGUAUGCCCAUGCAUCCAGACAGACCACUGGUCAUCAAGACAGGUGUGCAGUUCACCAACAAAGUCAGCAUUGCGCAAAAUGAUAUGCAGAAUCAUCUGGAUAUGUGUGCAUCAAAAGUUAAACAUUCACCUUCUGCUACCAUUUCUGUCAAGCCAUCGACGCAUACAGUUUGAUGCAUAUGUUAGAUAAAGGCAAAUGUAGCGUUCCAUUGGAAAGGAAUGUACUUUAGGUGUACCAAAAUGCAAUGACGCUAUCGGUGUGAUCGAGGCGUUGGUGUCAAUGUUUCGAAAAGCCACGUCUCAGUCCCUGUGGGUGUUUCACAAAGUACCUUAUUUAAAUUGUAGAUUUUUUUUUAUACAAAAGUAUAUAUUUUUUCCCUUGACYUUCUUUUAAAAUGGUUUUGAUCUCAACCUUCAUUUAUGAACCAGCGCUUUUGUUUUUAUAAGAAUGUCUAAAGAGGAAGAUUGCUGUCUAGCUUUUCAAAGAUAAGUUAUUUGUUAGCUUCAUAGUUCUCAAUUACCUAUUAUAUGAUAACCUUUUUGGUAGUCUGUCUGUCUGUGUCCCAUGUCAUUCUCUAUUGAAGGGGACACCUGUAUCUUUAUUUUUAUUUGAUUUAGAAAUAUCCUGGUCCAUUCUUUCCGAUUUGUAUCUUAUUCCUUAUUACAAAAAACCUGCAUCUAGAAUCUCACUAACACGAGUCAGUAAUAUGUGUUUGUAAAAAACCAAGGAGAUGAGAACCAAGGUGACUAGUGAAUUUGUUAAUUGAACAUUCAUUCAUAUAGGUAGUUUAUGUGAAUGGCGCUUGUUUUUGUUUUAGGUGUCUGAAAUGGCAUUGAUAAUGGCAGGAUAUUUCUCUGACCUUCUCUCCUGUCUCAGCCUGGGCUCAGCCMUGCUCUCAGCUGGCAGGCAGCAUGUCUCAGUUGAAGGGAAGAUACUGAUUUCUUCCCUGGAUUGUAAGAGCACGUUGACGUUUGUCAUGAAUCUUGCYCUGAGCAAUUUCCACUAGCUGGACCAGCUGCAAAUUCAAAAUUGGCGACGUAAAAAUGUAUGAAAAGAAAAAUUACCUUUUUUUCCUUAAUUUAAGGUUGGGGUUAUCAGUGUGGGUUAGGGUUGGGAUUAAAAUCUGAUUUUAUGACUGUGGCUGUGCCAGCUUGUGACCACUGCAGAGCUCCCUCCAGGACAAGAUUGAUGACAAUGAAUGCAAACCUGUUAUUGUAGAUAGAAAUGUACAUUAUUCUUUGGUGUUUUGAAUUCAUACAUACCCCCUUGUCCUUCAUAGUUUGUCAUAAUGAGAAUACCAUUUGUUGUUUUCAUUAAACCAUAACAAUAGAGAUGAUCAUUGCCGCAGUACUGCACUAGUCUUUKCCUAAAUGGUUUAUGUAGUGCCUUUCUCAUACCGUAUGAAUGAUUUAUUUUAAGCUAACACUUCUUGUAUGUGUUGACCUUGUUUUUUUUGUAAUUUGCAUAAUGUUAGUAUCAGUUUCAAGUGAUAUUUCACUAUUCUGUUUGACUAUAUGCGCAUGAUGUGAUGCCACAUCACACACACACAACACCACACUUGUCCAUCACUUCCUGACUUAAGUGCUCAGUUGAAUCGGUAAUUGAGUUCACUCUGUAGAUGUUAUUUGAAAAAAGAUAUCUGUAAAUUAUGCUGUAAUUAAUCUUCUAUUUGUUUAAAAAUCAUAAAAACWAAAAAAUGUAUAUCU